UGUAGGGCUGCUUGUUGCAUGGGGCCGCGGGGUGCGAAGCUGUGGGUGCGUGGGGCUUUGGUCGCCAGGUGCGGGGCUAUGAGUUCGAAGAGUGGGUGUGUGGGCUGCGGGCCUCCGGGUUGCGGGGCUGUGAGCUCUGGGUGCGUGUGCGUGGGGCUGUGGCAUGCCUAGGGCUGCAGGGCUCUAGGGCUGCUGUCUCCCGUUGUAGGGCUGCGGGUUACAUGGGGUUGUGGGGCUGCAAGUGCAGGGUUGUGGUCUUUGAGUGUGUGGGGCUGUGGGUGCGUGGGGAUGUGGUUGCCUGGUGCGGGGCUGCGAGCUCCAGGUGUGGGUGCAUGGGACUGCAAGCUCCGUGGCUGCAGUCUCCGGGUGCUGGGGGCAUGUGGGGCUGCAAGCUCCAGGUAUGGGGUUGCAGGGCACUGGGUGCAUGGGGCUGCAAGCUCCAGGAAUGGGGUUGCAGGGCACUGGGUGCGUGGGGCUGCGAGCUCCAGGAAUGGGGUUGCAGGGCACUGGGUGCGUGGGGCUGCGAGCUCCAGGAAUGGGGUUGCAGGGCACUGGGUGCAUGGGGCUGUGAGCUCCAGGUAUGGGGUUGCAGGGCACUGGGUGCGUGGGGCUGCGAGCUCUGGCUGCGGGCACGGGGCUGCCAGUGGGAGGCAAGAGAAGGAAGGGAGCUGAGGCUGCUCCUGAGCAGUCCCCAGGGACUCUCGACUGCCCCAUGGGGAGCGCUGGCUCGAGAAGCCUGGGCCAGAGUGGGUCAUUCCCCAGCUGCGGGUGGGAGGCGAUCGAAGCUUAUGCAGCACAAGGUCCAAGGGCAGCAUUUCCUGUGGAUUUGGAGCGCCCUGAAUGGCUCUGGCUCGUGGGCCAGCCGAUGUCCCACCUGCCUUUUCCAGGGAGUCCCUCGGCACUGGUGGGAUGAGCAGGAGCAGAAGUUGGGCAGCCACAGCUCAGCCUGACACUGGAUGCCCUGACCUGGGGGGAAUUGGCUUCCUUUAUUUGCAGGAAAGUACAAACCGGAGUCAUUUGGAGCUGUGGAAAUCAGCAAGUCAGAGUUGGUUCUUUAUUGACUGCAGCCUGCCCCGUUUGUGCCUGUGGGAUAAUGCACCCCGAGAAGGUUGCGGAUCAGACAAGGUAUUGAAGCACAGGGUGAAGGUUUCUCUUAACGGUGCAUGGACGGAAAGCCAAUGCGCAGGUGUACCAGUACUCGACCAGGAGAGACCGGAAUGGACGUGACUAGCCGUUGCACACUCGGAGAUCCUAACAAACUGCCUGAAGGGGUGCCGCAGCCUGCUCGGAUGCCCUACAUCUCCGACAAGCACCCUCGACAAACUUUAGAAGUCAUCAAUCUCCUCCGGAAGCACCGGGAGUUGUGCGAUGUGGUGCUAGUAGUCGGUGCGAAGAAGAUCUAUGCCCACAGGGUUAUUCUGUCAGCCUGCAGCCCUUACUUCCGAGCCAUGUUCACUGGGGAGCUUGCAGAGAGUCGGCAGACAGAAGUUGUGAUCAGAGACAUCGAUGAAAGGGCCAUGGAACUGCUGAUUGACUUUGCGUACACCUCUCAGAUCACAGUGGAGGAGGGAAAUGUCCAGACCUUGUUGCCAGCUGCUUGCCUUCUCCAGCUGGCUGAGAUCCAGGAGGCCUGUUGCGAGUUCCUUAAGAGACAGUUGGACCCUUCCAAUUGCCUGGGCAUCCGGGCUUUUGCUGACACUCACUCGUGCCGUGAACUGCUGAGAAUUGCUGACAAGUUCACACAGCAUAACUUCCAGGAGGUGAUGGAGAGUGAGGAGUUCAUGCUGCUCCCUGCCAAUCAGCUCAUAGAUAUUAUAUCCAGCGAUGAGUUAAACGUUCGCAGUGAAGAGCAGGUGUUCAACGCGGUGAUGGCCUGGGUGAAAUACAGCAUUCAGGAAAGAAGACCCCAGCUACCACAGGUCCUGCAGCAUGUUCGUCUGCCACUGCUCAGUCCCAAGUUCCUUGUGGGUACAGUGGGCUCUGAUCCACUUAUUAAGAGCGAUGAGGAAUGCCGGGAUCUAGUGGAUGAAGCUAAAAACUACCUGCUGUUGCCCCAAGAGCGGCCACUGAUGCAAGGACCAAGAACUAGACCACGCAAACCCAUACGCUGUGGAGAAGUGCUCUUUGCAGUGGGAGGCUGGUGUAGCGGAGACGCGAUUUCCAGUGUAGAACGCUAUGACCCUCAAACCAAUGAGUGGCGGAUGGUGGCAUCCAUGAGCAAAAGGCGCUGUGGCGUUGGAGUCAGCGUUCUGGAUGAUCUCCUCUAUGCUGUGGGAGGCCACGACGGUUCCUCUUAUCUUAACAGUGUAGAAAGGUAUGAUCCAAAGACCAAUCAGUGGAGCAGUGAUGUGGCCCCCACCAGCACCUGCAGGACCAGUGUUGGAGUAGCAGUUCUUGGAGGCUACCUCUACGCUGUGGGUGGCCAGGAUGGUGUCUCUUGUCUCAACAUUGUGGAAAGGUAUGAUCCCAAAGAAAACAAAUGGACUCGAGUGGCUUCCAUGAGCACCAGGCGCCUGGGAGUUGCAGUGGCUGUGCUAGGGGGAUUCCUCUAUGCUGUGGGAGGCUCUGAUGGGACUUCCCCUCUCAAUACUGUGGAACGCUACAAUCCCCAGGAGAACCGCUGGCACACAAUUGCACCCAUGGGGACGAGGAGGAAGCACCUGGGCUGUGCAGUAUACCAAGACAUGAUAUAUGCUGUGGGAGGCAGAGAUGACACGACAGAGCUCAGUAGCGCUGAGAGAUACAACCCUCGAACCAACCAGUGGUCUCCUGUUGUGGCCAUGACAUCGCGCCGGAGUGGAGUUGGCCUCGCAGUGGUGAAUGGGCAGCUGAUGGCAGUGGGGGGUUUUGAUGGCACGACGUACUUGAAGACCAUUGAGGUGUUUGAUCCAGAUGCUAACACGUGGAGGUUGUAUGGAGGGAUGAACUAUCGGCGGCUGGGAGGAGGAGUAGGUGUUAUCAAAAUGACGCACUGUGAAUCUCAUAUAUGGUAAGCAUCCAGAGGGAGGGAGACCCCUUAGUUCUCAUUCCUAGAAAAACUGAAGAGACUUGUUGACACUGGACCUCUUUGCAGCUCUAGUAUGAACGGUCUAGAUCCAAUGUAAAUCUUUGCCGGUGACUCUUUCUAUGGAAUUAAAAAAAUGACUUCUGUGAGAGCGUGCCCAAUGGGAGACCACGUUGUCAGACUCCGCGGAACCACUGGACAAAAGUAGAAGUGUUGCUUAUGUCCAUGUUUUUUCUAAAUAGUCUACAUUUUUGAAUAAACCAAACUGUAAAAGUUACUGUAGCGUAAACAAUGCUAAUGUAGAGACCAUGUGCUAUACUGGGAGUCUGGCAAGGAGGAGAGUUUCCUGCUUUCCCUCUUGCUGUGAGCAGUGGAUGUGGCAGCUGUGUGGCGCCCGAAAGAGGGAUGGGAUACAGAAAACUUUGCUUUUGCCUUAUUUACAGAGAGCUUCAAAAAAAGUACUUGACCUGCCAGGUGCCACCUUUGCACAGAAGCUUUUCUGUGCACAGAAUAUAUUUAUUUUUUCAUUUAAUUUGUAUCAAGUAUUUUCUUUGUAUUGCUCAUGGCGAUAAUUCCAGCUUUUUAUAUACAUAUAUAUGUGUGCAUAUAUAUAUAUGUGUUUUAUAUAUAUGUAUAUGUGCGUGUGCGAUUGGAGUUUUGAGAAGCUGGUGGUUAGGGCAGGGCUAUGUCCUGCCAGCUAUUGUGGUUCCAACUCUUGUAGUGUUUUAGGGUCUCUCAGAGUACAGGAGAGCUGUAAGGAUGGGUGCCCUGAGUAUCCGUUCAGUCUUGGUGGGGGCAGGAAGUAGAACUGGAACUCAUCUGUGGACUGAAUGGUGCCCAGAAGGGGUGAGAGUGAAAAGGAUUUCCAACAAUGCCUUUUUACUGUACAGCGUAUGGUACGAAAGUUCAGCUUUUGUCUCUCCCCUCCUCUCUAUGUGAACAUAGAACCAACUAGUUGUUGCUUACUUAUAAAAACCUUUUUCUCGCGUUGCCUGCUAGAUAUCGGUUCAUGUCUGAACCUGGGAUGCAGGUACUGUCUGUUAGUUCUGGCUAGCCUAGAUUGACCCUCACUUCUCAGGUUCCGGCCGGAAAGGCAGAUCCACAAUCAGCUCCUGCUGAAAAAAGCUUAGACCAGCGUCAUCUUAGCUGCCUUCCUUCCCGUGUCUUCAGAACUCCUGUUGUAAAACACUGACCAUGAGGUGAUGGUGCCCUCCCUUCUAGUGCUUUUUAUGCACUUCGCCUGUGUUUGUUUAGAACAAGAAAAGGUGUGAGGCUCACACAGAACUUGAAGGGGAAGGACUGUUUGCUGGCACUGGAACUGCUAUGAUACAAGUGGGGGCACCCAGGGGUGGGGGGAGAGGAAGGAUGAACUGCGGUUGUCUCAAAGGUUCUGAUAUGUUUCUAUCUCAUGUCUGUCUAGUAUGAAAAGAUGACCUUUUGCACCUGAUAUAACUCUGGACCUUACUAAAUCAGAUUUUGAAAGAGUAAGAGGACUGUAAAUUCUUGAGAUGAAAAAGGCAGUGCUGACAUCUUAAGUUCUUUAACUUCAUAAUUUUAUUCAUGUAACUCAGCAUUUUAAUGUGCUUGAAUAUAGUAAAAAUUACACUACAGUAAUAAAUGGGUCAUUAAAACUUUUUUUAAAAGCCCCCUUUCCCCUAAAGGUUGGUAUUCUUGUGUUUACAUAUGAAGAUCAUUUGCA